AUGUUCGUCUUCGGCGACGACUUUGUCGACAACGGCAACGUUCCCAACAUCGUCGGUGAGAAGACGUCGCGGCAGUGGAGCUACCCGUACGGCUCUUAUCGCAGCUCCAAUUGGUCUGGCGCUCCUGUUCCAACAGGACGCUUCUCCAACUACCGGAUGCAAUCAGAUUUUAUCGUGCAGCUGGAGCCUUACCUGAAGAGGAUAGCAGAUACCAAGGAGAAGGAGGAGAUGGUAGGCAUGGUGGAUCCCUGGGAGGCCAGGGGAGAUGGCGAAGCGUACUACCGGUACAUGGGCUCCCUCACCACGCCGGCGUGCGAUGAGGGGGUCAUCUGGACCGUCAUCAAGAGGGUUGCCACCGUGUCGACUCACCAACUGAAGCUUCUCACCGACGCUGUCCAUGAUGGCUUUGAGAUGAACGCGAGACCCCUUCGGAAGGUGAACAGAAGAGAUAUCAACUUUUUCUGCCCUGAUGAUCACCAUGAGCGCUAUUACGCUGCCGCUGAUCAGUAAUUAGGUUCAAACUUCAGGCAGCCUGAGGGAUAGACAUCAUGCGUGUUAAUUUUUCGGAAACCACGACGAAGAACCAUUGAUUCGAUGGAGCAUUGCAAUGAUGGUGACUCUGCAGCAAGCGGAGAUGUUCAUAGUCUCGGCACGUUUGUUAAUUCCAUUGUAAAGUCGAAGUCACAGA